AUGGCGGGGAUGCCUGUACAGUCGAAGUGCUGGAGUUGCUCCACGCUUGAUGAAGGAAUCAAGCAUGUCCUACGUGAUGCUAAAAUGGAGGAUGCUGACGAUGGUUUUCAGCUUGCUCUUCCCGUUGCUGCUGUUCCUGAAGUCCAACCUUCUGCUGAUGAAGAUCUCCAGCUUGCUGUGCCUGAAGUCGAACCCUCUGCUGAUGAACAGCUCCAGCUUGCUACCCCUGCUCCAUCCAUGCAAGAGACUCUCCCAGCAAAGGAGCUCAAGGCUUUGGGCUUGUGUGGGGACCCGGUGGGUGACGGAAAGGGCAUCGACGGUGCCGUUGAAGACGACGAGUACUUUGCAGAACCUUUCUUGCAAUCUCUGAGGCUUCUCAUCAACAGCGACGAUGAGCAGCUGCAGAACUUUGACCAGGAGGACGACGAGAGCUUGAAAGCCAGGCUUACCGGCACCUUGGGUGUGAAGCCAGAGAAGCUUUCAGAAGAGUGCUCUGGUGCUGCAAAGCGCCCCGUUCCUACGCCAGCCCGGGCCGCGGAGCCUUUCCCGAAGAAACAGCGAAAGAUCCCCACCCGGCAGGACUUGUUGCGUGCCAACUCUCGCUUUCUAGAGCGAUUGCUCGUUGCGUCGAAGGCACGCAUCAGCAGGAUGUGUGCUCCCAAGAGCCGGCGAAAGGAACUCGAGGUGCCUGACUUUGUGAAACAACAUUGGCUUGCUAACAAAGACGAAAUGGGUCGCUUGCUCCUGGACCUCAAUUUCGACAAGGCGAAGUUCAUCAGCCAGCUGGAGGUCAUCAUCUCCAGAAAGCAGAAAUACACCAUUGUUGUAGACCAGGGCUGGUACACCAAAGAUGAGAUGGUGAAUGAGCUCAAAUGGCUCAUGCUCUUUGAUGUGUGUGGAUCCUUGCUGAGGAAGAGAGUGCUCGCAGCGAUGAAGUACUGCGAGAGCCAACCGGACACUCAUGUUCGGCAGAACCUCUAUGACGGCGAGAAGGAAUUCUGGGCGAAGGAGGACGCGCCGCAGCUGCCGGAGAACUGCUUCAAGGGCCUUGAGAAGAUGCAGAACCGGGCUGCUGCUGAUGAGAAGAAGGCCAUCGACACUUUGGAGAAGGACAUCCGCGGCCUGGAUGACUUGUACGACAAGGGCCAGGAGCUUGUCGUCAGCAGUGGGCUGGAAGGCUAUGGAAGAAAAGCGAAGCUCACAUUCGAAAUGCUACUUUCCAGCCCCGGGCUUAUCGGUCGUGCCAUUUGCCAGUCUGCUGCUUCGGUGUGCUCACGCGCCACGGCCAGCGAGCAGAAGAUCCGGCUGCUUGUGCCAAAGUUAGUUAGCAGCUUGGAAGAGACAUCCGCAAAGCCCUUCUUCGACAAGCAGGUAUCGCAGACGAGACCCAAAGUGAAGCCCAGCCCGAAGAAGCCCGCCGCCAAAAAGGAUGAGAAUCAAACCGAUACUGUCGCCGUGCCCGUGUGCACCCCUGAGUGCACGACUGUUGCAUGCAUCUCAUACAAGCUUCCAGCUGCCGGUGUCACGCCUGGAAAAGUUUUGCGGCACUGUUCCAUGCAGUUGGAAAAGCUGCUCCAUGACAAGGGGCCUCUCAUAUUUAAGAUAGGCUACACGCAUGAUGCGAUAUGGCGCUGGACGAACACACUGUAUGGCUAUAUUCACGAUGCUGAUGGAUGGACUGAUAUGCUGAUCCUGUACGCCACUGAUGAGCCGUACAGUCCUGGCAUGUUGGAGGCAUGCCUCAUCGACAAAUUCGCGAUUCAGCUGUCAAUGCUCGGGGAAAACGACCUUGCCUUCCCCAUUUUGAAGCUUCGAGAUUGGGGACAGUUUCUGGCUGACAAGCAUUGCCUACACCUGCUGGUCGGCUUGGCUAAACCCGACUUGAAAAGAGAGCAAAACAUAUGUGAAGAGUUUUGGGCCAAACACAAGAAGCUUUAUCCGGACCACGAGAUCUAUGAACGGUUUGCUCAGGGCUCAUUGGACCCAAAGCUGACGUAUCCAUUCGUCUAUCAUGGAGACGAAGGCCGGGGCCGUCGCCGUACGCCGUUUCUUGUUGGCAACUUCCACAGCUUAAUGGGAAAGGGAACUCAGGAGCAAUGUGGACAGCCCAGGCCAUACCUGAAGCUCCGGAUGAAUUUUAGGGAUAGCUCCCUGGUCACAAGACUUCUUCAUUGUGCAGUUCCAAAGAAGCUGCACCAGCAAAGCCACAUAUUCGAUGCUCUUAUGGAGAGUGUGGCGACUGAAGCUGAGUUCAUGGUCAACAAUGGUGUUGUGCAGAACUACACUGGUUUUCUUCGCAGUGAUUGGUGUCACGGGCGAUUGGCCCUGGCUUCAUCGCAGCGGUGUGCCGCGGGGACCGAAGGCAUACCUUGGGAAACUGUUCAUGAAAGGGAUCCGCUUUGGCUUGGUACAACCUUUUCUGUCUCUGGAUUCGUGAAAGUUCCUGCUGUUGCUCGCUUGCUGUCGGUGCGUGGACAGGAGGAAGACCUCCUGAGGUUCGAUUUCUUCCACGCUUUUCAUUUAGGCGUGGGCAAGCAUUUUCUCGGAAGCUGCCUUGCCCUAUGGAGCACGUACUUUGCGGGAGGCAACGUGGAUCUGCGAUUCGAAGCAUUGGAGUCUGCCUUCUUCACGUGGUGUCGAGCACACAAGGAGGUGCCUGUGCUCACCCGCCUCACGAAAGAGACUGUGCAAUGGCCCUCGACCUUGGAUUAUCCAGCUGCCAGCUGGUUCAAAGGGGCAGUAACGACUGUGGUUUUCAAGUUUCUGGAAUCAACCAUGUGCCAGCAAAACUGGAGCCAGGAACCCAUGCUGCAAAAAGCUGCAGAGGCAAUUCAGAGCAUCAACAAGUGCCUCGCAGCUCUUUAUGCUUCGGACUUGUUCAUCGAACCAGGGCGGGCCAUACAAAUCGCUGAAGAUGGGCUUCGGUUUUUGCGGCGGCUGGCAUGGUUGGCCAAGCAAGCCGCCAAAGAUGGACGCGCGCUGUGGCUGCUGACUCCGAAAACUCACAUCAUGCACCACCUGCUGCUAGAGGAUUUGUUGCUACCCGCCCGAAAAGGCAUUUCGCCUUUCAAUCCUCUCUGUUGGAGCGUCCAAAUGGACGAAGAUUUUGUUGGCUUCAGCAGUCGAUUGGCUAGGCGGGUUGAUCCCCGUACAUGCUCGAAACGCUGCAUAGAGAGAUAUCUCUAUGCUGCAUAUGCACAAUACGUCAAGGCGAAAUACAUCGUCCCGCGCUCAUGA